GGACGAACUGUGAAACUGAUAUAGAUGAUUGCGCUACCAAUGCUUGCUUAAAUGGUGGUGAAUGCAUGGAUCAGAUCAACGGUUAUGGUUGUAUCUGCCCGUCUGGUUACACUGGUGAAAACUGCGGUUCUGAACUGUACGAGUGUUCCAGUAAUCCCUGUCAAAAUGGUGGUGUUUGUCAGGAUGAAAUCAACCACUUUUCGUGCAUCUGUCCCGAUGGAUUUCUGGGACUAGUGUGUGAAUUUAAUAUCAAUGAAUGUGGUAGUAAUCCCUGCCAAAAUAAUGGCCAGUGUUUAGAUGGAAUUAACGGAUACCUGUGCCAGUGUGUUGUGGGGUAUGUUGGUACUGAAUGCCAAAUUGACGUCAAUGAGUGUGCCAGCAAUCCCUGUAGCGCUGGAUCUACCUGUGUAGACCUUGUCAAUGGUUAUACUUGUACGUGUAGCGUAGGGUAUCAGGGUGUCAACUGUGAUGUUGAAAUUGAUGAGUGUGCAAGUAACCCGUGUAUGAACGGUGGGACAUGCACAAACUUGCUGGAUUUGUUCAUAUGUCAAUGCGCUAGUGGAUUCCUCGGUACCCAAUGUGAGAACCAAAUCAAUGAAUGCGCCAGUAAUCCAUGUUAUCACGCUGGUACAUGCACUGACCUUGUUGGAGGUUACCAGUGUGAGUGCGCUGCUGGUUACUAUGGGUUACACUGUGAGACUGAAACUCACGAAUGUGCCAGUAAUCCAUGUCAGAAUAAUGGAAACUGUGUAGACCUGAUCAAUGCAUAUGUAUGUGAUUGUAAUCCGGGAUACACAGGUAUUUUCUGUGAGAUCAACAUAGACGAAUGCAGCAGUGGACCUUGUCAAAAUGGAGGCACAUGUAAUAACUUGAUAAAUGCUUAUACAUGUGAAUGUCUAUCUACACAUGGGGGAACCAACUGUGAAACACUGAUCAAUGCCUGCAAUUCCAAUCCCUGUGAAAACAAUGCAGUUUGUCAGAAUGACCCAGUAAACAUUGGUAGUUUUAUCUGUGCAUGUGCACCGGGUUAUACCAGCUUACUUUGUGAAGUGGAGAUCAACGAAUGUUCAAGUCAGCCGUGUCAAAAUGGUGGUCAAUGUCAGGAUGAAGUGAAUCGUUAUUUCUGUGCCUGCUUAGUGGGAUUUGCAGGUGUCAAUUGUGAAUCCAACAUUAACGACUGCGCUUCAGCUCCUUGCAUAUUUGGUGGCACGUGUGUAGAUGGCAUCAAUUCCUACGUCUGUCUUUGUCCCGAUAACAGAGCCGGUGUCAACUGUGAAUUGCCUGCGCCUUGCAACACCAAUCCUUGCUUCAAUGGUGGGAUAUGCCAACCGCCCCCUAUAGGUCAGAUUGAGCCAUCAUGCUUGUGUCUGACCGGGUACACUGGUAGAUACUGUGAAGAUGACAUUGAUGACUGUGUUUCAAAUCUGUGUGGACCACAAGGCACAUGCAUAGAUGAAGUCAAUGGCUAUACCUGUAGCUGCAGUGUUGGCUUUACUGGACAGUAUUGUACAGAGGUGGUAGACUCCUGUGAUCCAAAUCCAUGUAAAAACUAUGGAUAUUGUUGCCAGAAAGGGGUACCUGGAUGCCCUGGUAACCUUAAUGAAGGAGAGUAUUCAUGUUUCUGCGUGAACGGAUAUACUGGCGACAACUGUGAGAAUGAUAUUGAUGAAUGCUUGGCCUCGCAGGUCGCGCCUUGCUUUAACAAUGGCCGUUGUAUUGACGGUGUCGCUUCCUACACCUGUGAAUGCAAUCCCGGAUAUACCGGCGAACGGUGCGAGGUUGAUAUCCCAUGUAACCCUGAUCCAUGCGUUCAUGGAAUCUGCCAGCAAGUUGGAAGUUCAUAUGUUUGUGUUUGUGAUGCUGGUUACCGUGGUACAAAUUGUGAUCUGGAAGUCACGCCAUGCAAUACUCAGCCGUGUUUGAAUAAUGGAGUUUGCGAAGUCAUCAACAGUUCAAGCUACAAGUGUACAUGUCAGGUUAACUAUAUUGGGAACAACUGCGAGACGUUAGUCACGCCAUGUGACAAUAACCCAUGCGUGUUUGGGCUGUGUGAAUACACUGUUGAUACUUUCACAUGCACCUGCUUUACAGGGUAUACUGGGUCUAUAUGCGAUAUUUUAAUUCUACCCUGCGACACCGAUCCAUGUCAGAAUGGUGCGAUUUGUAACAAUUUAGUCAAUGACUAUACAUGCACGUGCGCUGCUGGAUACACUGGACGGGACUGUGAAAGGCAAAUUACUGCUUGUGAUUUGGAACCAUGCGUUAAUGGCGAGUGUCAGAUCAGCGGGGAUGCUUAUUUCUGCACCUGCUUCAGUGGAUACACCGGAACCAACUGUGAUGAAAUACUGCCACCUCUUCCCUGCAGCUCUAACCCGUGCCAGAAUUCUGGAGAGUGUGUGGAUCAGGGAUAUACUUCCUACGUGUGUAUUUGUACCCCACCAUUCACUGGAGAAAACUGUGAGGAUAUUGUGUCUGAUCCAUGUGAUAGUAACCCUUGCUAUAAUAGUGGCUUAUGUAUUGAUAUAGAUGGUGGCUAUGAGUGUCAGUGUUAUGCUGGGUUUAUCGGUGACCGCUGUGAAACUAGUGUAUCAUCAUGCACUCCACAGCCAUGUCAAAAUGGAGGAAUGUGUUUCACUGAUGCAUUAGGUCCUUUCUGUAGUUGUGCAGAGGGGUAUGCUGGUAAUUUUUGUGAACUACAACUUGGUGUGUGUUUGCCCAAUCCGUGUGCUAAUGAUGGAAUCUGCUGGGAAAUCAAUGAUCAGGUGUUCUGUGAGUGUGUCAGUGGAUACACUGGAUUGCUUUGCGAGACAGAAAUAAUCCAAUCUGUUGGUUGUUUUCCAAACCCUUGCAAUGGUGGAGACUGUUUAGAAGAUUCAUUGGGAUCUGUUGUCUGCAGAUGUCCUCCUGGUCUAACUGGAGAUCGAUGUCAAUAUAAUGACCCAUGUAUCAGUAGUCCCUGUCUGAAUGGUGGUGUGUGCAUAUCAACACUUACUGACUUCACAUGUCUUUGUUUUGAUGGAUAUGAAGGGGAGUUUUGUGAUAGUACAUUACCAGCUUGCGCUGGUAAUCCAUGUGUUAAUGGUGAAUGUUAUGAUACUGGUCCUGAUCAGUAUGCAUGUACCUGUGUGGCAGGAUAUACUGGUGUAAAUUGUGACUUGGAAGUUGAUGACUGUGAGAACCAUAACUGUCAAAAUGGAGCAACUUGUAUCGAUCAGACCAACAGUUACAGAUGCGUCUGUGCUCCUGGAUUUAUUGGUCAGCUUUGUGAGAAUCCCUACACAUGCUUUGACAAUCCCUGUCUGAAUGGUGCGCAGUGUGUGCCCACACCUAAUGUCGAAUUCAAUACCCAAUACACAUGUGUUUGUGCAGACAUGUUUAUUGGUGCAAACUGUGAACAGGUGAAUUACUGCUCAACAAAUCCAUGUCCAUCCGCAGUUUAUUGUCAAAAUUUAGACAGUUCCUAUUUCUGCGAUUACUGCUUUGUUAAUCCUUGUAAUAAUGGUGGCACUUGUGAAGUAGAUAUCUUGACCACAUCUGGAUACACAUGCUCCUGUAUGGCUGGUUUCAUCGGUGACGACUGUGAGAUUGACUUUAACGAAUGCCUCUCUGGCCCAUGUUUCAAUAAUGGAGUCUGUAUUGAUGCAGUAAAUGGCUAUACUUGUGAGUGUGUAUCUCCGUACUCUGGUGACCGAUGUCAAUACAAUCCAUGUAGCAGUAAUGAAUGCAGUAACAAUGCACAGUGUGUACCAACUGAUAUGUUCAAUUAUCAAUGUCUUUGUCCUGUUGGACUGACUGGAGUUCACUGUAAACAGACUAUCAAUAUUCAGAUUCCAGCAUUUCAACCAUCCAGCUAUCUCCAAUAUAACCAGGCUUUCUUCGGGCAGCUCAAUGUUCUUCUGUCGUUUAAAUCCACAUCGACCAAUGGAAUGCUUCUCUAUGCCGUCACUCAGACCCCAACAGCUGAUUACAUUGCUAUAUAUCUCCAAGAUGGUCGUGUCACUUUCAUGAUGCAGGUCACCAACCAGGAAUCUGUACAGCUGAUCAGUCAGCAGAGUUAUAACGACAAUGCUUUCCAUCUAAUUAACAUAGAACAAGGAAGCGGCAAUAUUUUUAUGAAUAUUGGAAGUAGUGAUAAUACGAUAGCUCCAUACACUGGUUCUGUUAUUGCAGGUUUAAGUACUGUGUACUUGGGAGGUUUGCCAGAUGGUGUCAGUGGCAUUAGUAUUGACAGUGCCUUCACUGGAUGUAUAAAUGACUUGCAGAUUGCAGGACAGUCAGUCGAUCUUCUCACUGAAUACCUGUAUGGUGUGAAUAUCGAUAACUGUUAUGUCAGUGUCUGUGAAUUAGUCACUUGUAACUACAAUGGACAAUGCAUUGAACUGGAUGGCACUGGAUACAAUUGUGAAUGCUUUGAUGGUUUCUCUGGUCCUGAGUGUGAAGUAUCAAUAUGUCAGAGCAAUCCCUGUCAACAUGGCGGUACAUGUACUGAGAAUACAGGAGAUGUGCAGUGUCGAUGUCCAUUAGGAUACGCAGGACCUCAGUGUGAAAUAGUGACAUCAUUCAGUAUUCCUUCUUUCAAUGGUAACUCCUUUAUUAAGUAUCCAUUGCCACCUGAUAACCCAGUCUUAGAUACAUUAUCGAUAUCCAUAAAGUUCCGUGCAGAGCAACCUGAUGGUUUGUUGUUGUUCAGCAUACAAGAUAACAUAGCGGGAGAUUUCUUUGCUUUGUCGUUGGUGGACAGUCAAGUGGAGUUUGAAUUCAAUCUUGGUGGUGGUACUGGUCGUGUUACCAGUGAUCCAGUACCGUUGAAUGUAUGGAUAGAUGUCACAGUUGAUAGGAAUGGAAAUUCAGCUACUUUAACAGUGCAGGGACAAAGUCCUAAAGUUGGUACGUCUUCCGGGUUACUGACAUCACUCAAUGUUAAUCCAGAGGUGUACAUGGGUGGUAGUGAUGACAUGACAGCGCCCUCAGUCAGAGCUGGUAUAUCAAGUGGUUUUUAUGGAUGUAUACUAACAUUGACAAUACAGGGAUAUCUAUAUGGAACCUUAGAUGCCAUUAGUGGUGCCAACGUAGGCCAAUGCGACACCAGUUUGUGUGACGCUGAACCCUGUCUAAAUGGCGGCACGUGUGUGUCCGAGGCUUAUUCGUAUUCAUGUCAGUGUCCCAUUGGAUACAUUGGAAAUGAUUGUGCAAUGACUUCAGAUAACUGUGCGGGUAAUACUCAGUGUGCAGAUGGAUCAACGUGUGUCUCUACGAUGGAUGGAUUUAUGUGCGUUUGUCCUUCAGAUAAGACUGGACAAUACUGUGAACUAGAUCAAGAUCUAUCUGAUAUCAUUCCGGAAUUUUAUGGUGAUUCGUAUUUGAUGUUCGCACCACCACCUAAUAUCAAUGAUGAGCUGUAUAUAAUGGUUCGCGUCAGACCUGUUGAUGCCAAUGGUUUGAUAUUGUACUUGACAGAGACAGACCCAACUAUCCCAGAUUUCUUCUCACUUGGUUACUUAGAAACCAGAUUCCAAGUUCGGCUAGAUCUUGGUUCAUACACAGGCAGGAUAACCAGCUACGAAACAACUCUCAAUGAGUGGCACACCAUUACAGUAAUCCGUAUUGGAAAGUUUGUAACAUUAGAAGUUGAUGGACAGUCAUUCUCAGGUCAAGCAGAAGGUAUAUCAGUUGGACUCUCAGUGAAUACUAUGUACAUUGGUGGUGUGCCUGAUUUUAGUGCAGUAAAUAAUGAUAUGGGAUUUUUCACAGGGUUUCAAGGCUGCAUUCAAGAUUUACAGAUUGGUGGUACUAGUCUCAUGGAUACUGUCAAAUGGCAGGAUUCAUUAGAAGGGACCGAUGUAGGAUACUGCUCUACAACUCCUUGCUCUUCUGGCCCUUGUCAGAAUGAAGGUGAAUGUGUUACACUUACUGAUGACACAUUUCAGUGCGUGUGUCAAGUUGGCUGGACUGGAACACUAUGUACAGAAGUUGUCACUAUCUCCACACCUUCCUUUAAUGGAAACUCUUAUCUGGGUUUCCAAUCUAUUCUGAUGAGAAUGACAGUGAUUGACAUUCAACUUGAAUUCAAAGCGGUCAAUGCUGAUGGUAUCCUGUUAUGGAACAGUUUAUUUAAUGAUUUUAUCACUAUCGGAUUGGCUGGAGGCAAGCUGUACUUUGUCUUUGACCUCGGCUCAGCUCUACCAAUGGUUUACUAUACAGAUAAAUUAAUUGGUCAAGAAAAUUAA